GUUAUUUGAUGAUGCUGUAUCAAGUGUACUUAUGUACAUCAGUUGAAAGGUGUCAGGAUAUGAAUGGAGCAUUGGAAGGAAUUGUAGAGGAAGCAGUCAUGGCCUAUGCUAAGUGUUGGUUGCUGCUGCUGCCGCCCGUCGUCUAUAUCGUUUUUACGUACGCGUGGUGUACUCUAUUCAGAUAACCGAAAGAAGCUUACGGUGAUUGCACUGUAAAGGAAGAGAAGGCGAGGUGUUGUGCGUGCGGCAACAAGCCGACAUCAUUAUUGGCGUGUUGAUAGGCGUUUAAAUUAUCACAUCGAGAAGUACAUCACUAGUGAUGGCAACAGAAGCACAGAGACUAAUCAGCAUUUCGCUGACUAAAAUAGCGCAGUCUCGCGCUCAGCGUGGUGGUGUUAGCCUUCAUAAGAAUCUCUUGGUUGCCACGGUUCUACAGAAGGCCCGUUACAUCUUCAUGGAGGAAGCUUACCACAUGGUUCAGUCUCAGCAGGGAGGCGCCAGUGGUUACGUGGCUACAGCCACAACCCCACAGGAUCAUCAGCAGCGUGACGAAUACGAGCAGAACUACGAUGACGAGGGACUUGUGGCUUUAACACCAGAGGAAGCUGGUAUUGCAUCGUCACAACAGAUAACCCCAGACUCCGAAGAAGCGUCCUCCGGAGUUAACCAUCUGCAAGAAUUCCUUCAGCCGUCCGCAUCCUGUGUUCGGUGUGCAGAUAAUACGUCCUCCGUUCCGUCCUGUGAAGACGACAAAGAAAAUCAUACUCCACCCCCUUAUCAUCCAAAUCCCAGCUCUCCUCACAGUGAAUCCCCCACAUAUUUGGAUUUGGACAAGGCGCCCUCUCGUGGAGAUAGUAACGUCGUCUUACGUGACAGGUCGAACGCAACAAGUACGUGCUCGUCGACUAGGUGCCUCAAGAGACGUCGUGCCGUUGCGGAGUGGGAGACGGAAGAAGCUGUUUCGUCAAUUCUGCCGAAGCGAGCCAAGACUUCAGCAUCGUGUUGUGAAGGUGAUGACUCUGUGUUUUUGGACGACGCUGCUCUGCUUGCGGACUGUGUUGUGACAUGCGACGAUGAGGAUGAAGAGGACGAUGUUCAGGAUGAUGAGAAAGGCUCCACAACUAUGGAGAUCGAUCGUAUUACGAGUCUAGUGUCCAUAUUCAGUUUCGGUAAUCUUGCCGGAAAUGCGACAACGGACUUGUCUCCGGGGGCGGGAAUAGGAAAACUCACGCGUUCGGUAUCCACCCCCGAUCUGUGCUCGGCGCAAGCGAAGGAAGGUGUCGACGUUCUGCAACAGAGGCCGUUUCUUGCGAUGACAGUGUAAAGUUAAUAAUGCUAAUAUUGGUAGUCCACCGAUAUUUUUUCGCACGUGUACAGCCCAAAAGUGACUUUUAUGCAACCAGCAAUAUCCUUUAUGUUGACUUCCUUUCCGCCCCCCAAUGCUGUGUAACGUCCAUCCAUACCAGUUCUUUGAAGAAAGGGUCACCCACCCCACUCUCCGUACUUUUCCGUUGCGGCCAAAUUGACGCUACCCCGUCCCCCUGUCUUUGAAACUCGGGGUUGCUGAUGAAUAGAGUUCACUCCCCAUUUGGUUGCUUCGUCGUAACCGAACAGUGUUGCCACAACCUGAAGGCUGUAAGUGUAAACAAAUGAAACCAUCGAACUUCAUUAUGUGAUCUCCUUUCGAAUUCUAAAUGGAUAUGAACAAGGACGUUUGUAGUAAGCGGUGUGAUGUUAGACAAUGUGGCAAUGAAAGACGGUGUCCUGAGUAUAUUGUGUUUGAACAUUACCAACAUAGGCCUAGACAGCAUGAGACGUGUAUUUUUCUAAGUAUUGUGUUCAUUUUGUAUAUAAUUUGGUGUUAUAAAGCGAAUUAUAAACGGUAUUUUUUCGUUAUAUGCUUGUGGGAGGUGAUCUCAGAAGGGUCAAUAUGCGUGGUUUCUACAGCAUGUUUAGUGCUGAUGUGGCAGUGGUAUUUUAUAAGGAGUUUUACUUUAUCGUAUAUUAUGCACUUAGGUAGGAGAAGCCCCGAACUUUUCCAGUUAAAAAUUAUAUUCCAUCAGUUUAAGAUUGUCUGUCCCAGGUGACUGGUGAUGCAGUCGGUAGUUUGAAGACAGGCCAUUGGGAACCGGUUCCAGUCUCUCUCCCCCCUCUCUUUACCCCCUCCCCGUGUUCUGAUCUGAAAAGAAAUCCAGGCCAGGUGGCGGCCCUUCCUGAACCCUUCAGACAGUAGGAAUGGCAAGAGAACAGACAAGGGACCGAGGACAUUUUUUUUUUUUGGGGGGGGGGAGUUUUCCAAUUUUUUUGCAGAGUUGCCGAAGUUGCUUAAAAUUAUUUUUAUACCACUGUUACUUCGGCAAAGAUUUAAGGUGCUUUUAAUCACUACAGUUUGUGGGAACACUUACGUGAAGCAUAUGGAAAAUUGAAGGCUACAGAAGAGGUUUUUUGUUGUUGUUGCUGAACACAUUACACAUGAGAAUUUUUAUUUUGCUAUUGUAAAUAAAUACUUUGCGGCUUGUAUAGUGUUUGAAACACGGUGGUAAUGUAAAUUCGCUAUAAACAAUUUGUCAGCUCUGUUUUAGGAGUUUUGUAAAUAUAUACUACAUUGGUAAGAAUAUAAGAAAAAAUAAAAAAAAAUGUUUUUGUA